GCUGGCAAUUCAAAGUCGAACACGAGUUUUAAUUAGUUAAAGUGUGGGUGUGUUCGAUUUUCGUUGUAUGGUAUACAUGGCGUCGUCAACUUGGCUGCUCCUCCUGCUCGCGGCGGUUUUUACUACUGUUGCGGCGGAUGAUGGUCCGGCGUGCCUCGACAAUGCGGCAAUGCAGAAUCUGAAAGCCAGCCUGGUGUUCCCGACGGGAUCAUCCGUCGUCAUAGGCUUGGAAAGUUGGAACGACCCGAACCCGUGCCGGUGGAACGGGAUAUUUUGCGACGACCUCGGCUGGGUUUGGAAGAUCAACAUGUACCGGUUCAACCUCGGGGGCAAUCUCACGGCGGCCGUUCUCGGAUCACUCCCCUACCUCCGUGAAUUCUACGCUGACUUCAACCAAUUCCCUUCAGUCCCGUCGGAACUCUUCGGCAAUUUGUCUAACUUGGAGGUGUUUUCCUUUAACCAAAACCCUUACCUUUCGCCGUGGAACAUCCCGGAGAGUCUCACGGCGGCUCGGAAUCUCUCCUCUUUCUCCGCCGUCAAUUCUAACGUGCAGGGCACCCUACCGGAAUUUCUCACCGGGGAAAACUUCCCGGUCUUACGCUUUCUUGAUCUCUCGCUCCAUAGUUUGUCCGGGCCUAUCCCUUCCCAGCUUCCGGCAACUCUGGAGACUCUCCGGCUGAGCGCACUAAACCAAGAUCAUCAUUUGUCCGGCGAUAUACCCGACCUGUCCCGCUUCAGGUCUUUGAAAGAACUCAACCUGGACUUCAACGAUCUUACCGGUUCCUUGCCGGAAUCAUUGGCGACUUCGAUGCAAGUUUUGAGCAUGGCGGGUAACAAUCUGGCCGGAGUUAUUCCUCCGACCAUCGCGCGUUUGACCAAUCUUCUCACACUGAAUCUUGGUCUGAAUCAGCUUUCCGGCGAGAUACCGGACCUCUCCCGCCUCACAUCGCUGCAAAAAGUAAAUCUGGCGGGUAAUAGCCUGACCGGAGCUAUCCCUCCGACAAUAACGGGUUUGACCAAUCUUUUAACCCUCGACCUUUCUGAAAACCAGCUUUCCGGGGAAAUACCCGACCUGUCUCCCCUUGCGUCCUUGAAAAACCUUUACAUGCGCAAUAAUGGUCUUACCGGUCCGGUGCCGGAAUCACUGGUGAACCUCACUUCACUGGAAUAUGUGAACCUGGCGGGAAACAGUCUGACCGGAGCUAUUCCUCGGAACAUCACGAGUUUGACCCAUCUUUCCGAACUCGACCUUUCUUAUAAUCAGCUCUCCGGCUGUGUCCCGCCAAUGGCUACCGGCGACUACGGAGAUCAGGAAGUGAUUGAAACAAAGGGAAAUGCCGUGGUGUUAAUUAAUCUUGUUACGGAGUACUCCGUAUUAUAUAUGGCGUCAACAUGGCUGGUCCUCCUGUUUGCGGCGGCCGCGGCCGCCGGAGUUGCAGCGGUUAACGGUACUGAUGAUAAUCCGUCCUCCCCCGACAGCGGUGCAAUGAAGAUGCUGAAGGACAGCCUUGUGUUCCCGCCGGGGUCACCACUCCUGUCUACUUGGAAUAACCAGCCGGACCCGUGCCGGUGGAAAGGGGUGUGGUGCGACGGCGACAACCGGGUUUGGAAGAUCGACAUCGGUAACUACGGUCUCAACGGCACCCUCCCGGCGGCCGGUCUCGGAGGGCUCCCUUACCUCACUGAAUUCUCCGCCGGCCGCAACAAUUUCACCUCCAAUUCUUUCGCGUCGGAUCUCUUCCGUAUUUCAUCUAACUUGGUAAAUGUUUCCCUGGACUUCAACCUUUUUCUUGAACCGUGGAAGAUCCCGGAGAGUCUCGCGGCAGCUCGGAAUCUCACGUCAUUCUCCGCCGCCGGGUGUAACGUCAACGGCGAUCUCUCAGUCUUAAAAGGGAUGCCGCGGCUGAAGCAGUCUCACCGGUCCGGUGCCGGAAACAUUGGGGAACAUCACCUCUCUACAAGAUCUGAGCCUGGCGAAUAACUACCUGACCGGAGCUAUUCCUCCGGCCAUCACGCGUUUGACCAAUCUCCUCAGACUGGACCUUUCCUA